CAUCACUUGAUACAUAAUAUGAUUCCAGUCCAUUAUUUUUCAUCAACUGAAAUGGAACUCACUUCUACUGCACUAACCGCGAAGGUUUUGGGAAUCCAUCGAUGAUGAGGCACACAACUUUAAUGUUUAUAUUCUUUUAUCAGAUAGAUGUUUAUUCUUCUCUAUGUGGAACUACCCAAUCCCAUCUCCCAGAAUAACAAGCCAUCUGAAACCGGUAUAAAUAGACCUCCACUUGAUCUCAAGUUCCACGUAGCAAAUCAAACCAAAUUCCUCAUUUCACUUAAACCAUAUAUAGUUCCCAGCAAACUCUAGUAAUUAAUUAACCCUCCAACUCCCAAUUAUAGCAUAGCAAUGGAUGUGGUAACAUCAUUGACUGCUGAUAAGCCAGUGGUGAUCUUCAGCAAGAGCACAUGUUUCAUGAGCCACACCGUGAAGGCUCUCAUAUGCAGCUUUGGUGCCAGCCCUUCGGUUAUUGAGCUUGACAAAAUGCAAAGUGGUCACCAAGUAGAGAGAGCACUUAUUCAACUAGGUUGCAAACCAAGUGUGCCUGCAGUGUUCAUAGGACAACAAUUCAUAGGUGGUGCUGAUGAAGUCAUCAAACUCAACGUUCAAAACAAGCUUGCCCAAUUGCUUCUUGGUGCUAAAGCUAUAUUUAUCUGGAGUAGGUAGCUAUGCCAAGUUCCAAACUCAUCAUCCUCAUGUGAUCAAAUAAGAGGUUCUUAUUUUCUCAAAGCUGUGUGAGGCGGUUUAGUAUAGAGCUUCUUCUAGUUCUAGUCAUGUUCCUUGUUGUAUUCUCCAUUUUUCUUUGUCUUUUUUGUUUUUGUGGAGCAGAAUAUCACUCUUUCUUUUGUAUAUUGCAAACCAAGCUUUAACCAUAUAUGAUCAUGGUCAUGUCAUGUAAUGUAAUCACCUAUUAAUAAUCCAUUUUUGAGUCCUGUGGACAGACGUUUCUCAAGUGAGGUUAGUAAACCAAAAUUUUAGGUGAACUAUAUCAAUUUCAGGGAUGCUAUUUCUAUGCAAGAGAUGUAUAAUCAAUAAUAUGCAAAUAGUAUUAAUGGAA